AUGGUCCUCAUUGGGAAGGCAGGUGUUGGAAAAAGUGCAACAGGAAAUUCCAUUCUUGGGAGAUAUGAAUUUAAGGUUUCAGCUGUUGCAUCCUCAGUGACAUCUAAAUGCGAGAAGAGGGCAGGAGUGAUCAGUUCUAGAGAAGUGCACGUCAUUGACACUCCAGGGCUUUUUGAUACUGCUAUACCAGCCCAGACGAUCCAGGAAGAGGCUAGAAGAUGCAUCAGCCUCUUAUCACCUGGGCCCCAUGUAUUCCUGCUGCUGCUCUCUGUGGGACGCUUCACCCAAGAGGAGAAAGAGACGGUGAAGAUAAUCCAGGAGAUAUUUGGAGAGGAAGCCAAGAGGUACAUCAUUGUGUGCUUCACCAGAGGUGAUUUUCUGGAGGAAGAGGGCUUAAGUAUUGAGCAGUACAUUCAGCAAGACCAUGCUGGGCUGAAAGGGCUGAUUGAGGAAUGUGGAGGCAGAUACCAUGUCUUCAACAAUAAAGGCAAGGACAUUCAACGCCAAGUCAACUCUCUGCUUAAGAAGGUUGACAUGAUGAUUCGGCAAAAUGGAGGAAGCUUCUACACCACAGCCAUGUUUGAGGAGACAGAAAGGCAGAUAAGAGCCAAAGAUAAGAGACUCAUGAUGCAAAAUCCAAAGGAAUUGCCGGCUAGCAUAUACUAUAACAUACCUAAAGACAUACAUUAUGAGGAAGCAUAUGGGGAAUCAGAACCUGUAUAUGUUGUUCUAUAUGAUAACCUGUAUGAAGAACUAACCACUGAGUCAGAGCAAAACCAGAGGGAAGUGCAGGAUGACAGGGGUACAUCUGGUGAGACAGUAAGAUAUCAGAUACAGCAACCACAGUCUAGCGUGGGUCAGCCUUUACCCAGUAUUCCAGUGCCCAUGGGAGAUGAAGCAGAAGACGCUGUAUAUGAAGAAAUGCAUUUCUGUGAGAAUGUAAGGAAAGAGGCAGAGAUAAAUCAAGCUUCUGAAUUGGCUCAGUCACAGGAAAGAAAAAUGAAAGCCGGGAAAGACACCCAACCUUCCUGCACAAUCGCAUAA